UGCAGAUACGUUUUGUAUUAUGUCAGUCGAACCGGGUUCGAAAUAAAUCGUUAAUAAUUUGAUUUGUGACGAAGAAACUACUUCGAAGAGAAGAUGACCACAGUUGACACACCGGUCGUACCAUACACGGGCAUUAUUCCUGGGGGCAUGUACCCUGGACGCAUAAUUAAAGUGAAGGGCGGAAUCUCUCCAUCAGCAAACAGAUUCUCAACAAACUUCAAAUGUGGUGGUAGCGAUGAUAACGCCUUUCAUUUCAAUCCUCGCUUCGGAGAUCAGUGUAUUAUACGCAACGCUUACAUUCACGGGUCGUGGGGGACUCGGGAGGCCAGUGGAGGGAUGCCGUUGGCUGUAGGAGGGAUGUUUGAAAUUGUGUUUCAUUGUCACCAUGAUUGUUUCCAGGUGUCGGUGAACGGGAAACAUUUCUGUGAUUUUCCCCAUCGGCUCCCGUACCAUAGGAUCACACACUUGAUGGUGGAUGGCGAUAUCAUGAUACAGCAGAUCACCUUCGAAGGUCCAAAGCCCCCACUCGAAAUUGCUAAGUUUGUCGCUUCUACUGCCGCGGUGUGAUAUACAGAUCACUUUUGGAUUCAGAAGCAACGCUGGAAAAUAUAAAAAAAAUAUGAUUCCGAGUUUUUUUCUUAUUAAAUAUAAAGAAGUGUGUAUU